AUGGCGCGGGUGCUGGUGGUGGGCGCGGGGCUGACGGGCGGCGCCUGCGCGGCGCUGCUGCGGGGGGCGGCCCGCGGCCGGAUCGCCGUCUGGGACAAGGCGCGCGGCGCAGGGGGCCGUAUGAGCACGAGCCGGAGCGCGCGGGACGCCGCCUGCACCGCCGACCUGGGCGCGCAGUACAUCACCCUCGAGACGGAGCGCGCGGGGCCGCGCCGCAGCUUCUAUGAGGAGCUUCUGUCUCAUGGCAUUUUGAAACCGCUGACUGCACCCAUUGAAGGAAUGGUAGUGAAAGAAGGCUCGUGCAAUUACGUGGCACCCCAGGGCAUCUCCUCGGUUGUCAAGUAUUAUUUAAAACAGUCAGGUGCAGAUGUCGUCUAUGAACAGUAUGUAACUCACAUCUCUCUCCGAGAUGGUAAAUGGGAAGUCUCCAGGAAAAUGGGACCGCCGGAACAGUUUGAUAUAGUUAUUCUCACAAUGCCCGUUCCACAAAUUCUUCAGCUGCAAGGUGACAUUGUAAACAUAAUUAAUGAAAGUCAAAAGCAGCAACUGGAAUCUGCGAGCUACUCCUCCCGCUACGCUCUGGGACUUUUUUAUGAAGCCGGUACACGGAUUGAUGUCCCCUGGGCUGCACAGUACAUCACCGAUAAUCCCUGCAUACGCUUCAUCUCCAUCGAUAAUAAGAAACGCAAUAUAGAGUCUCCUGAAAUUGGGCCCUCAGUUGUAGUUCACACAACUGUGACGUUUGGAAGCGAGCACCUGGAUUCAGACCCUGCAGAGGUGCAGCAGUUAAUCCUCAGUCACCUGGAGAGGAUUGUGCCAUCCCUACCUAAACCAGCCAGCGUCAAGUGUCAGAAAUGGAGAUACUCUCAGGUUACAAAAGCUGUGCCCGGUUGUCUGGGACAAAUGAUUCUUCAUACUCAACCUCUCCUGAUUUGUGGGGGCGAUGGAUUUACUCGUUCCAACUUCGAUGGCUGCAUCGAUUCUGCUAUGAGUCUUGCAGAGGCUGUGAAGCCUCAUUUAUAGCUAUUUCAAAGUUGGCUGCUAAACUGAGUCUAGAUUUAUGAUGAAUUUUGCUAUGAUGGAUUGAAUUCUAGUUUAGUGUUAACAUCACUGGUCUCUAUCUUGCAAAAAUAAAUAAAGGAAGAUCUA